AAAGAAACAUUGGAGAAAACGAUCGUUUUAAAUAUAUAAAAAAAGAAAAAAAGAGAAAUGUUAAGUUAAAAUCGAAAAGAAGAAAUUGUAAGACAUAAAUAUAAUAGCUUUAAAAGGAAAAUUCUUCGAUGAAGAUAUUUUGAGGAAGAAGUGAACGACAAAUUGAGAGAUAAAGAUUAUUUCGUACUCUUUAAAAGAAAAGAAACAUUGGAGAAAACGAUCGUUUUGAAUAUAUAAAAAAAAAAAAAAAAGAGCGGAGAUGUUAAAUUAAAAUCGAAAAGAAGAAAUUGUAAGACAUUUUGAGGAAAGAAAUGUGUGGAAGAAGUGAAUAAGUUAAGAGAUAAAGAUUAUUUCGUACUCUUUAAAAAAGAGGAAAUUGGAGAAAACGAUCGUAUCGUUUUGAAUAUACAAAAAAAGAAAGAAAGAGCGGAGAUGUUAAAUUAGAAUCGAAAAGAAGAAAUUGUAAAACAUAAAUAUAAUAGCUUUAAAAGGAAAAUUCUCCGAUGAAGAUAUUCCACUUUGAGGAAAGGAACGCGUGGAAGGAGCGAAGAAGAAAUUAAGAGAGAUAAAGAAGAGCGGAGAUGUUAAGUUAGAAUCGAAAAGAAGAUAUGUGUAAUAACAUAAAUAUAAUUGUUAAUUGGACAAUGGAGCGGGGAAUUGUUUUUAGCGCGAUAAAAUCGUCUUAAACGUGUCGCGAACGAGGCGAGAGAAUAAAGAGAUAGGCGAAACCCAUCUCGUAAAAACUGCUUGAUCGCGAGAGAAACUAAUGAAGUAAACCCAUCUCUCUAAUAGAUUACGAUUCUGCCCGAGUAGCAGAGCAGUGGAAUCGUUUUUUACGGAUAUCAAAGCAAUCUUUAUUUUCACUCUAAUUGUCGAGACACUUAACGAAGGAAUUACUUCGACUUCGUAAAAAAGAAGAAGAAGAAGAAGAAGAAGAAGAGGACGUUCGAAUUUUUUUAUUUUCGAGAAAAGCAAAUGGAGGAGCAGUGGACGGUGAAAAAAAAGUGUUCUGUUCUGGUCAGAGAAUAUUAUUCCUCCUCGGCAACGACCCUUUUUUCUCCAAAUUGAACAUUUCCUGCGAUUUUACUGGAGCACGAACGCCUCUACACAUGCGAGCGCAAACAGUCCGCUUUGAUCACACGCAAUGACACAAGACGGAUACUUAUCCUUUCGUCGAUCACCGUUUGCCUCUUUUAAAAAUACGACCCCUCUUCGUCGUCGUCCACUUCGAGAUCACGACGAUCCCCGGGCGGAACCGGGUCACCGGAUCGAUGCAUAACACGCACAUGAUUCACUGUAACGUUUCCCAUUUUAAAAUAAAUAAAAAUCCGUCCCAUCUCGAGCCACGUCUCGAGGAGUGUAACUGGAAAGUGCGAUUUUCUUUCUCUUUUUUAAAUGCAAACUCGAGAGAGAAGUUGAGCCGACAAUGAUUAAAUCGCAUAAAUAGUGGAAAGAAAUUCGAGGCAUCGAGGAUCGGGGGGGAGAAAAAGCAACGUUCUAUUCUAAGCGGAGAAAGCAGCGGCUCGAAGCGCAAAAAGGGUGGUGAAUCGUUUCGAGGCUUAUGAACCGUGAAAUCGUUAAGAUCUUUGAAUCUUUUUAGGAAGUUUGCAUCCGUUGAGAGGUGGUGGACGGUGAAUGAAACGGGAAAGAAUUAGCGGAGCACUCGCAGACGAGACUUCUGCGUUAUGAGACGAACAAGAUUGUAGAAAGUCGGGAAGUUGGGAAGUGAAACGUGCUUUAUUAUAAUUGAACGGGGAAGAGAACUCGAUGUGGAGGGUUCUUUUUUAAACGAAGAUUUUACCAUUCGAGAGAGAAAAGAAUAUUUUUCUUUUUUUUUUUUUUGGUAAAAGAAAUGAAAAGUCGAGCAAUUCCUUUAAGACGAAGAAGAAGAAGAAGAAGAAACUUCGAGAGAAACGGAAGUUGCCGCCACUGAGCGCCGCCAUUGACUCGUCAAGUCCAUCGAUCGAGAUGCCAAUACCCGUUGCACGAGCGAACCAUCUAAUAAAUCGGGAUCUGAAAACGAAACGAGCCCAGCCAACGCUCCUCUAGAAGAGAAUCCUACUCCUUUUGAGCGGUGCAAAAAUGCGGAUGAAACUGUUGAAGAUCGUGGUGGUUCUGCUGGUGUUGGGAUCGAGCGACGCCAGGCCCCAGAGAACCGAAAGUUCGAUUCAAGCUCAUGCAUCGAAGGCGAACCUCGAGGAAUGGAAAACAUCCGGCGUUCGAGAAGAUAGCAGUAUCCGACCGAACGACACGCAACGCCGCAUAAAAGAUCUUCAGCACAUCGAUCAGUCGUUAAGAACGGUGGCCACCCAAUUGUUGAACGUGACGAAUGGCGAACAGCAGCCGGCCAAGAUCCUCGACAACGCGAUCAAGAAGGGGAUGGAAAAAUCGGCGACGAACGACGAGGCGGGCAACGAUCGGCACCCGAUCGGCGUUGGAUUCGGCAGGCCGAUCAACUCCAAGUUCAGCUACUUCGAGACCAGCCACCCGGGCCAAGCCAUGGCCAUAACCGAGGAGGAGCUCGAGAAGGAGAUGGCGUCGACGCGUCUGAUCACGGCGUACAAGAAUCACGCGACGACCACGGGCGGCAUAUCCACGUGGAUCCUGCUCAAUCCGCCGUCGACCACCGUGAAAACGUUGCUCGAGGAGCGAAAGAAGACGAGGCAACCGAUCCCCGAGACCGAGGAGGCGAGGAUCACGCCUUCGGCGGUGGACACCGCGGAGGAGAGAACGGCCACCACGGAGAAGGCCGUAACGCUCGUCCCCGCGGAAGAAGAGUCGGUUACGAGGAAAUCUUUCGUCCUUCCUACGACCACGAGCAAGAUCGAGUCGAAAUUGGAAAAAGUGGAACAAGGGACGGAGAAGGUGUCGGAGGUUAUCCAGAGCACGACCGUUUCGAAGAUUGCCCAGGUGCCUACCGAUAAUUCGGAGUUUACGUACGUGAACGCCACGAGGAAGAAUCAGACGGCGAGUCGAACGACUCCUAAACCGAAGAUAGCCAUCACGAAGACCACGGUCCUGGCUUCGAAACCCUCGGUUUCGAAGACGCCCAAUCGGCCCAAUCUGCAGAACAGGCCGAAGCAUCCGAGCAGAAAUCGGACCACUGUUAAACCGGACGUCGGUAAGAACGAGAGCGUUUCGGUCGGCAAGAUAGAGAAGGUGACGUUCAGACCUGUCCAGAUGAUCGCCGUUCCGAAGAGCACCGAGAAGCCUAUGUUCGUGACCAAGAUCAAAGCGUCGAUCCUGAUGGACAAUCAGAAGGCCACCACCCCUCAGACUUCGACGAGUGGAAGCGCGGUCGCUUCGACGACCUCGAAACCGACUUCGACCGACGACCACCCGAGCCUGCCCCCUGCGGAGGCGCCCGUCUCGAAGCUCAAACCAGUCGGGACGAAGGUGAACAACGUGUUGAAGGUGCAGUUGAGGAAACCCGUGGACGAGACGAGGAUCGAGAUCGAGCCGAUCAAGGUGAACGCCCCCGUGUUGAAGAUCGAGAAGGUGGAGAAGGGGGAGGGUUUGGCGCACGACGCCAAGAUAGACCUGAUGAAGUUCGAUUUCAAUCCCGAACUGACCAAGAUCAACGUCGAUCAAUCGUCCUCCUCCUCCACUUCUUCCUCGACCACCACACCCUCCACCACCUCUCCUUCCUCUCCCACCUCCUCCUCCUCCUCCUCCUCCUCUUCCUCCUCCACCACCACCAAGAGGCCCAAGAGAAAGAAGAACAAGAACAGAAGGAGGAAACCGAUCGCUUCGACGACCACGUCCACCACGACUGUCGUUCCCAGCUCGCCGAUGCCAGGCUUGACCGAGGAAGCCGAGCUGGGAACCGAGAUUCCCGAGGAGGGGGCUGAGAACGGGAUAGCGCAGGAGUCGAAGAUAGCGCCCGAGACGAAGGUGGGGCACAAGACGAAGAAGAAGCCUGCCCCCGCAUCCGGGAUCAGCUCUCAGAUAUACAACUUUCUGAGCCGAGAGGUGAUGCCGAGCUUCGGCGUCAUGUCUUUGGUGGGCCUCGGCCUGGGCCUGGCCUCCUACUUCCUCUACCCGUUCGGCGGAACCGCGACCAGGAGGAAUUACGUGGAGGUGGAGCCGAAAUACAAGUACAACUUCGAGGAAUACGGGGGGAAUUACGGGCAGAGCGAGGAGGAGGUCCUCUCCAAGGUUCUUCAAGGGAUGACCACGGACGAGACCAAGGGCCACCAAGGGUCGAAGGUGUUCGAGGACAACUACUACGCGUACCAGCGUUACGACCAGCCCUUCGACCACCGCCAACCGCAGUCGACCAACAGGAACGGCGAGCAGCAACGUUAUUCCUCCCCGACCUUGUCCUCGCCCGUCUAUCACCCCCCGGAGAACACGGCCCCCUCGCACAAGUACACCGAUUACCGUUACUAUUCCGACCCCUCCAGCACCCCUCCAAACCCGUACCACGACCACGGGAUAGUCAGGCAUCGGGAGUACGUGGUCGGUUCAGGUGCUCCAGGCUCGGCGAAUCGGCAAUUCGUCGUCGGCAGCGUUCCAAACGCGUACCCUACCUCUUACGAGGAGAAGAUCCUCUCCUCGAGCGUUGGAAAAUUGGGGAACGGUUACGGGGGGGAGGGGAUAGCGACGGAGAGCAGCGGCCAGACGCGUACCGGCUACGACGCGACGAGCCAGAACUUCAACAACAUGGGCACCGUUCAGAAUUACGGCCAGAUCAAGACGGCGAGGCCCGCCGUCGACGAGGGUUACGAGGAGGUGGAGAUCACCCCAACAGCGGUCGCCGUGGAGCACGGGCCGAGGUCCCUGAGGAUUAAAAGAUCCGCGCCGGGAUCGUCGGCAAGGGAUAGGAGGGAUUCCUCGUCCGUGAUUCAAAUAAUUCCCUCGAAACGGGAGCUGGAGGAGGAGAGGAGGGAGGAGGAGUUGAGCAACGAGAUCCUCGACAUCAUCGACUCUGCCCUACCGGCGGAGGGAGAUUACGAGGAGGACGGGACGGGGAGGAGGAAGAAGAAGAAGGAGGGGGUGGAGGCGGAGGACGAACUCGAGAACGAGAAACGGGACUCGAGCACCGUCGUUUCGUCGACGAGGACGAUCGAAUCGUCCUCGUCCACGUCCUCGUCCUCUUCUUCCUCCUUGGAAAAUUCCGAUUCCGAGGGGGAGGCGAAAGGUACGAGCACCGUCGAGAGCGUGACGAUCGAUCCGAAGAAGCCAGCCGAGCAGAACGGUUUCAAUCUCUUCAAUUUCGUGAAGAAGAUCGCCGAGAUCAAGUUCCGGCUCGGUCUCACGCUUCUUAAACACGCCAGCGAGGGUUUCGCCAGAUAUCUCGGCCACGUGCAGAAGAGGAUCAACGGGGAGGAGUGAGACGGAGGUGGAGUCCUCUCCUCGGUGGAGACGGCUGGACUCGAGCGACGAUUCGUAGCGUCAGCUAAGCUCGCGGCACGUACCCGCCUUGUAUUCCUCGAGGACCUCGUUUCGAAGGAAAAAGGAAAAGAAAAACGGAAAUCGCGUCAUUGACGCUCGAAUAUCCGAGAAUAUCUUUCCGAUCGAAUCUGAAAUAUCUUCGUCGUUUCCUUUUUUUUCUUUGUAUCUUUACUUUUUUUUUUUUUUUCAGGAAAGAAAUAUUCGUUUCUGAACCGAUAAAGAUGAUUCCUCGAUGACGAUUUUCGUCGAGAAAGUAACAUUUGUCUUAUGCUUAGGAACGAAUAUUUCCCCCUUUCUAGUGAAAAUGAUGAAGUUAUUUUAGCUCAUCUAGACGACUCAUCUUUUGUUAGUUUUACUCUAAGGAUGAAGAUCUGAAUCUAAUGCGUUCUUUUUUUUUAACUUAUAAAUAUUCUUACGUAAUUUUUAUCGUUUACAAUAUAUGCAAGUUAAUGGUUUAAACUUAAAUCAUCGGGAUUGGAUCAAGAAAGGAAGAUUAUUCCUGGACAGCAAGAACAAGAAGCUUUAAACAAUAAAUAGGAUUUCUCGCACGGAGUGCUAAAAACGUGCAUUCUAUGAUAGUUUUCUCGAAACCAUCAGAAAAUUUCGAAGGUUUGGAUAGGAAGAGAAAGGUUUUGAAAGACUAGCAGCGAAAAAUUCCAUUCCUUUAUUUUUCGAGCGACUCUUUUCUUCGAUCGGUAUCUUUAGAAUCGGUAUUUAUAUCUUUUAUUAAAUAUUCAGACCGAGCAUCGAAAUGUAAAGUAUAAAUACAUAUACAUAUAUAUAUAUAUAAAUAAAUAAAUAAAUAAUAAAUAAGAUAAGUGUCUACGUGUUAUCCUGAUAUGUGUAUAAAUAUAUGAAGAAACUUGUAAUAAAAAUCUAUUUUUCCUA